AUGGAAGACGAAGAGGGAGAAUAUGAGGAGUACGAAGUGGAGGAGAUUAUUACGUACCAUACAUAUGAAGGUGAAAAGGUGAUAAAGGGAAAAGAGAUUACAAAGGUUACAGAGGUAACAAAGGAGUCUCAACCACAAACAUUCAUUCGAGAAGUGAGAACAGUUUCUGAACCACAAACAUUUAUUCGAAAGGUUACAGAACCACAUACGGUCAUUCGAGAGGUUACACAACCAUACACGGUUGUUCAAGAGGUUCAUAAGUCUGGCUCAGGUCUACCUGUCAGAGAAGUGAGAAGGAGGAAGAAGGUAGACAAGUCAAAGUUUUCAACUCCUUACCUUGAACACAGUGAUAAGAUGAAGGACCUGUUCAGUUCGAACAAGUACAAGGAAGAAUUUGAGAAGGAGAAAGGAAAGCCCUAUGCCGUUAUCUCAGACACUCCGGAGCUGAAGAGAAUUCGGAAGGCUCAGGAACAGCUGAGUGAGGUCAAGUAUCGUUCAGAUGGUGACAAGGCAAAGACGAUUUGCCACGUUGAUGGGUCGGCCCGGGAUAUUGAACACGCCAAAAAUGUUUCGCAGUUGGUUAGCAAGGUGUUGUACAAAAAGAAAUGGGAAGACACCAAGGAUGUUUAUCAACUGCCACCAGAUGCUCCUGAGCUCGUCCGAGCUGUGAAAUUUGCCGAAAACUUCAGUCCGAAAUUAUAUAAAGAGGCCUGGGAAGAAGAAAAGACUUUCUAUUAUCCUUAUAGUGACAGUCCAGAGCUGAGACGAGUUGCCAAUGCUCAGAAAGCUCUGAGUGACAUUGAAUACAAGAAAAACCACAAUGAACAUCUGUCAAAAUACACUUCACUGGCCGAUCCACCAGAUGUUGAUCUGGCAAAAAAGGUUGUCAAUCAACUAAGUGAUAUUAAGUACCAUAAAGACUACAACAAGAAUAAGGGCAAGUGGAGCCAGACACCUUGCUAUGAUGUCGCAGUUGCCCGAAUGAAUGCUGACAAUUUGAGCACUAAAAAAUAUAACGAGGGCUACGAGGAAAUGAAAGACCAAAUUUACUUCAUGCAAACUGAAACUCCCGAAUAUAAAGCCAGCAAGCGUACUCAAAAUGCUACUAGCCCGAUAAAAUACAGACAAGAUUAUGAGAAGACCAAAAAUAAAACUGAUUACAACAUCCUACCAGCUACAGAAAAUCCUCUGCUUCAACAGUUGAAGAAAGCCGGUGAUAUAGCAAGUGAUAAAAAGUACAAGAAUGAUUACGAAAAGGCUUGCAAAAGUAGCAUGAAUUACUGUGAAACUCCAAAGUUCAAAACUGACCGAGUGCUCGCAAAUCUCAGUGAUAUCAAAUAUAAGCAGAUUUAUGAAGAUAAUAUCAAGGGCCAUUAUGUUGGCAGUCAUGAGGAUCCGUACAUGAUUCACUGUUUGACAGUUGGAGCAAUGAAAAGUGAUAAAAAUUAUAAGGCCGACUAUGAGAUGGAUAAAGGAAGCUGUUAUUUCCCCCAAACUGUUACCCCAGAGUAUGAAGCUAUGAAGAAUUCUUACCAGUGUAAAGAUCAAGUCUAUAAGAAGCACCCUGAUAAAAUCAAGUUUACUCAAGUGGCUGAUUCUCCAGUGAUGUUGCAAGCAAAGCUCAACGCUAAACAACUGAGUGACCUAAACUACAAAGCAGACUAUGAGAAGAAGAAGUUCAAAUGUACUAUUCCUCCUGAUAACCCCUUUUUCAUCCAGUCAAGGGUGAAUGCAUACAAUCUGAGUGACAAUUGCUACAACUAUGACUGGAACAAAGAAAAGGCCAAACAUUGCAAUAUCAGAGAGGAUUCAAUCCCUGUGGUUGCAGCAAAGGCACAUGCAAAUAUUGCAAGUGACGUCAAAUAUAAACAAAGCUAUGAAAAGGCUCGUGGGAAGCACAUUGGAGCUCAGUGUAUAGAAGAUGAUCCUAAGAUUUUACACUCCGUGCAUGUGGCAAAGAUGCAGAGUGAGCGUGCGUAUAAAAAGGACUAUGAGGACACAAAGACUAAAUAUCAUACUCCACUUGAUAUGAUCAAUGUCUCCCAGGCCAAGAAGGCUCAGGAAAUUGCCAGCAACUCACAUUAUAAACAACCAAUAAAUCGUUACUUUAUGCCUCCUGACAGUUUGCCACUGAAUUUGGCUAAGAAGUCCUACAGUUUGCAGAGUGAUAACGAGUAUAAAACCGAGUAUAAUAACUGGCAAAAAGGCAUUGGCUGGGUUCCUUUUGGCUCCUUGGAUGUUGAAAAGGCUAAGAGAGCUAUGGAUAUCCUCAAUGAGAGAAAGUAUCGCCAGCCACCAGACACCAUUAAAUUCACUUCAAUAGAAGAUGCCCCAGAAACAGUCUUGGCAAAGGCUAACCAAGCACAGAGGAGUGAUAUCAACUACAAAGCCAAAGGAGAGAAGAUCAUUCACAAGUACACUUAUCCACCUGAUGUGCCAGAGUUUAUUCAGGCUAAAGUCAAUGCUAUUAAUGCCAGUGAUAACUGCUACAAACAAGCAUGGAAAAAAGAUUUAUCAAAGGGCUGUAACAUUACUUUUGAUGCUAUUCCAAUUAUUGCUGCUAAAUCUGCCCGGCAUAAUGCCAGUGAUGUGAAAUACAAGAAAGCUUAUGAGCAAGAGAAGGGAAAACAUUUUGGCUUCCAGAGCCUCCAAGAUGAUCCAAAGCUGGUCCAUUCCAUGCACGUGGCCAAGCUCCAGUCUGACCGUGAAUACAAGAAAGACUAUGAGAAAAGCAAGACCAAAUACCACACACCACUGGACAUGAUCAACAUUACUACUGCCAAAAAGUCCCAGGAAGUGGCCAGCAGCAGUAACUACAGACAGCCAAGCCAUCACUAUACUUAUCUGCCAGAUGCCAUGAGCCUGGAACUGUCAAAGAACAUGAUGAAAAUACAGAGCGAUAACCUGUACAAAUCUGAUUACAAUAACUGGUUGAAAGGCAGUGGCUGGAGUCCGCUUGGCUCGAUAGAUGUGGAGAAAGUGAAGAAAGCUGGACAAGUACUAGAUGAGCAUAGUUACAGGCAGCACCCAGGUAAACUCAAGUUUACCAGUGUGCCUGACUCCGUUGAAAUGGUGCUGGCUAAAACCAAUGCACUACAGCUUAAUGAUAAACUAUACAGAUCUGGUGGAGAGAAGAUCAAGCACAAAUACACCUUGCCAUCAGACGUUCCCCAGUUCAUUCAAGCUCAAUGGAAUGCAGUUAACCUCAGUGAUAAUUGCUAUAAGAAUAAAUGGAAAAAGUCACUAGCUAAAGGAUAUCAUCUUGAGCCUGAUGCAAUCCCUAUUGUUGCAGCCAAAUCAUCAAGACGUAUUGCUAGUGAUUACAAAUACAAAGAGGCCCAUGAGAAAGAAAAGGGCAAACAUGUUGGUUUCCGCAGUUUGCGAGAUGAUCCAAAGCUGGUCCAUUCCAUGCACGUGGCCAAGCUUCAGUCUGACCGUGAAUACAAGAAAGACUAUGAGAAAAGCAAGACCAAAUACCACACACCACUGGACAUGGUCAACAUUACUACUGCCAAAAAGUCCCAGGAAGUGGCCAGCAGUAGUAACUACAGGCAGCCAAUCCAUCACUAUAUCUAUCUGCCAGAUGCCAUGAGCUUGGAACUGUCGAAGAACAUGAUGAACAUACAGAGCGAUAAACUGUACAAACAAGACUACAAUUGCUGGCAAAAAGGAACAGGCUGGUUCCCGCUAGGCUCGCUUGAUGUGGAGAAGGCCAAGAAAGCAGGAGAUGUCCUGAACGAACAUAAAUACCGUCAGCAUCCAGACACGCUGAAAUUCACCAGUAUCCCUGACUCUGUGAAUAUGGUCCUUGCCACAAGUAACACCAAGCAGCUGAAUGAAAUUAACUACAAAAAGUCUGGCGAAGACGUGAAACACAAGUAUACUCUUGACAUUCAAUAUCCACCAUUCGUACAAGCUAAGGUCAAUGCUCAUAACUUAAGUGACCAACGCUAUAAGCAAGCCUGGCUAAAGACAAUAGCUCAAGGCCAUGAUAUCCGGGAAGAUGCCAUUCCAAUUGUUGCAGCCAAGGCUUCAAGGAACAUUGCCAGUGAUUAUAGAUACAAAGCAGCCUAUGAGAAGGAAAGAGGUAAACACGUUGGCUUCCGCAGCCUCCAAGAUGACCCCAAGCUGGUCCAUUCCAUGCACGUAGCCAAGAUUCAGUCUGAACGUGAAUACAAGAAAGACUACGAGAAGAGCAAGACCAAGUAUCACACCCCGCCUGAUAUGCUCAACAUUACCUCUGCCAAGAAAUCCCAGGAAGUGGCCAGCAACAGCAACUACAGGAAUCUAAUUCACAACUACACCUAUUUGCCAGAUGCCAUGAGUGUGGCAUUGUCCAGGAACAUGAUGAACAUACAGAGUGAUAACAAUUACAAAUCGGAUUAUAAUACCUGGUUUAAAGGUCUUGGCUGGAUUACUCUUGGCUCCUUGGAUGUAGAGAAGGCAAAGAAAGCAACAGACAUAGCAAGUGAGAAGAAAUAUCGUCAACAUCCAGAAAAACUUGCAUUCACAAGCAUCCCUGAUUCUCUUGAAAUGGUUUUGGCUAAGAGUAAUGCACAGAUAAUGAACAAGAAAUUAUACACUCAAGCUUGGGAUGAAGAUAAGAACAAAGUCCAUGUUAUGCCAGACACACCAGGAAUUGUGUUAUCCAAAGUCAACCAGUUGAAUUUGAGUGAGAAAUUAUACAGAUCUGGCUGGGAGAAUGCAAAGAAGAAAGGCUAUAAUCUGAUGCCUGAUGCCAUUUCAAUAAAAGCAGCAAAGGCCAACAGGGAGAUAGCCAGUGAUUAUAAAUAUAAGCAGGCUUACGAGAAGAGUAGAGGGAGGCAGGUUGGUUUCCGGAAUUUGCAGGAUGACCCUAAGCUGGUCCAUUCCAUGCACGUAGCCAAGCUGCAGUCUGAACGUGAAUAUAAAAAGGAUUAUGAAAAGAGCAAGACCAAGUACCACAUGCCAUUGGAUAUGCUCAGUCUUAUGACUGCUAAGAAGUCGCAGGAGGUAGCCACUAAUACCAACUACAGACAGGAAUUCCAUAAUUUCACGUAUUUACCUGACGCCAUGAACCUGAAACUUUCCAGAAAGAUGAUGAACAUACAGAGUGAUAAAAAUUAUAAAGCAGACCUUCAGUGGCUGAGGGGAAUUGGUUGGAGUCCCGCUGGGUCAAUAGAUGUUGAGAAGGCUAAGAAAGCAACAGAGAUUGCGAGUGAGAAGAAAUACCGCCAGCAUCCAGAGACCUUCAGGUUCACAAGCCCAUCUGACUCUAUUGAGAUGGUAUUGGCUAAGACUAACACACAGACAAUGAAGAAGAAUCUGUAUACAGAAGCCUGGGAGAAAGACAAAACUAAGGUUCACGUGACACUGGAUCAUCCAGAUAUUUUACAAGCUAAGGCCAACGCUCAUAUAUUCAGUAAUAACAUAUAUAAAUUGGGCUGGGAACAAUCCAAGAGAAAAGGUUAUGACCUCAGACCUGAUGCUAUAUCAAUAAAGGCUGCCAAAGCAUCGACAGAUAUUGCAAGUGAUUACAAAUACAAAACAGCCUACCGCAAGCAGCUUGGCCACCACGUUGGAUGCCGUAACCUUCAGGAUGACCCCAAGAUGGUUUGGUCCAUGCACGUGGCCAAGAUUCAGAGCGACCGGGAAUACAAGAAGAACUUUGAGAAAACAAAGACCAAGUUCAACAUGCCAGUCGACAUGCUGGACAUCCUGUUGGCCAAGAAAUGCCAGACUCUGGUCAGCGACAUUGACUACAGGCAGUACCUGCAUCAGUGGACCUGCCUGCCGGACCAGACUGAUGUGAUCCAGGCAAAGAAGGCCUAUGAUCUGCAAAGUGAUAAUCUAUACAAAGCUGACCUUGGGUGGCUAAAGGGUAUCGGAUGGUCUCCUAUAGAUUCACUAGACGUGGCCAAAGUCAAAAAAGCUGGAGAGAUCCUGAGUGAGAACAAUUACCGUCAGCACCCUUCCAAGUUGAAGUUCACCAGUUUGUCUGACUCCAUGGAUAUGACUCUGGCAAAGAAUAAUGCACAUAUCAUGAACAAGAGACUUUACACAGAAGCCUGGGAGAAGGACAAGGUGAAGAUUCAUGUCAUGCCUGACACUCCUGAGAUUCAACUGGCCAAAACGAACACACUGAACUUGAGUGAUAAACUGUACAGACUCGCUAUGAUGGACGAUAAAAAGAAGGGCUAUGAUUUACGCCCUGAUGCUAUCUCAAUCAAAGCAGCCAAAGUAUCCCGUGAUAUUGCUAGUGAUUACAAAUAUAAAACAGCCUAUCGCCAGCAUCUUGGUCACCACAUUGGAUGCCGUGACAUUCAGGAUGACCCCAAGAUGGUUUGGUCCAUGCACGUGGCCAAGAUUCAGAGCGACCGGGAAUACAAGAAGGACUUUGAAAAAACAAAGACCAAGUUCAACAUGCCAGUCGACAUGCUGGACAUCCUGUUGGCCAAGAAAUGCCAGACUCUGGUCAGCGACAUUGACUACAGACAUUACCUGCACCAGUGGACCUGUCUGCCAGACCAGACUGAUGUGAUCCAGGCAAAGAAGGCCUAUGAUCUGCAAAGUGAUCUUCUAUACAAAUCAGAUCUUGGGUGGCUAAAGGGUAUCGGAUGGUCUCCUAUAGAUUCACUAGAAGUGGCCAAAGUCAAAAAAGCUGGAGAGAUCCUGAGUGAGAACAGCUACCGUCAGCACCCUUCCAAGUUGAAGUUCACCAGUUUGUCUGACUCCAUGGAUAUGACCCUGGCAAAGAAUAAUGCUAAGACAAUGAACAAGCAUGCAUACACCGAAGCAUGGGAAGCAGACAAGACCAAAAUUCACAUUCUUCCAGAUACACCACAAAUAAUAUUAGCAAAACAGAAUCAGAUCACUUGCAGUGACAAACUGUACAGACUCGGUAUGGAAGAGUCAAAGAAGAAAGGUCAUAACUUGAAUGCUGAUGCCAUUCCAAUUAAGGCAGCGAAAGCCUCCCGAGAUAUUGCGAGUGAUUACAAAUACAAAACAGCCUACCGCAAGCAGCUUGGUCACCACGUUGGAUGCCGUAACAUUCAGGAUGACCCCAAGAUGGUUUGGUCCAUGCACGUGGCCAAGAUUCAGAGCGACCGGGAAUACAAGAAGGACUUUGAAAAAACAAAGACCAAGUUCAACAUGCCAGUCGACAUGCUGGACAUCCUGUUGGCCAAGAAAUGCCAGACUCUGGUCAGCGACAUUGACUACAGGCGGUACCUGCACCAGUGGACCUGCCUGCCAGACCAGACUGAUGUGAUCCAGGCAAAGAAGGCCUAUGAUCUGCAAAGUGAUAUCCAAUACAAGGCUGAUCUUCAGUGGCUAAAAGGCAUUGGCUGGAUCCCAACUGGAUCUCUGGAUGUUGAAAAGGCCAAAAAAGCCAGCGAAAUUCUUAGUGAGAAAAACUACCGUCAGCCUCCAAGCACUUUCAAGUUCACCAGUUUGCUCGAUUCCAUGCCUUUAGUCCUUGCAAAGCAUAAUUCAAACACUCUUAACCAGCGUUUGUACACUGAGGCAUGGGAAAAGGAUAAGGUUCAGAUCCAUAUUAUGCCAGAUACACCAGAGAUAUUGCUGGCAAGCCAGAACAUGAUAAAUUAUAGUGACAAACAAUAUCGACUUGCGCUGGAAGAAUCAAAGAAAAAAGGAUAUGAUCUACGCCCUGAUGCCAUCUCUAUUAAGGCUGCCAAGGCUUCAAGAGACAUUGCCAGUGAUUACAAAUACAAAUCAGACUACCGCAAGCAGCUUGGCCACCACAUUGGAUGCCGUAACAUUCAGGAUGACCCCAAGAUGGUUUGGUCUAUGCAUGUGGCCAAGAUCCAGAGCGACCGGGAAUACAAGAAGGACUUUGAGAAAUCAAAGACCAAGUUCAACAUGCCAGUCGACAUGCUGGACAUCCUGUUGGCCAAGAAUUGCCAGACUUUGGUCAGCGACAUUGACUACAGACGGUACCUGCACCAAUGGACCUGUCUGCCCGACCAGACUGAUGUGAUCCAGGCAAGGAAGGCCUAUGAUCUGCAAAGUGAUAAUUUGUACAAAGCUGACCUUGGGUGGCUAAAGGGUAUCGGAUGGUCUCCUAUAGAUUCGCUAGACGUGGCCAAAGUCAAAAAAGCUGGAGAGAUCCUGAGUGAGAACAAUUACCGUCAGCACCCUUCCAAGUUGAAGUUCACCAGUUUGUCUGACUCCAUGGAUAUGACCCUGGCAAAGAAUAAUGCACAGAUCAUGAACAAGCGCGCAUACAUCGAAGCCUGGGAAGCAGACAAGACUAAAAUUCAUGUCAUGCCAGAUACUCCAGAGAUAACGUUGGCGAGACAGAACCAGAUGACCUGCAGUGAUAAACUGUACAGACUCGCUAUGGAGGAGGAUAAGAAGAAGGGCUAUGAUUUACGCCCUGAUGCUAUCUCAAUCAAAGCAGCCAAAGCAUCCCGUGAUAUCGCUAGUGAUUACCAAUAUAAAACAGCCUAUCGCCAGCAGCUUGGUCACCACAUUGGAUGUCGUGACAUUCACGAUGACCCCAAGAUGGUUUGGUCCAUGCACAUGGCCAAGAUUCAGAGCGACCGGGAAUACAAGAAGGACUUUGAGAAAACAAAGACCAAGUUCAACAUGCCAGUCGACAUGCUGGACAUCCUGUUGGCCAAGAAAUGCCAGACUCUGGUCAGUGACAUUGACUACAGACAUUACCUGCACCAGUGGACCUGUCUGCCAGACCAGACUGAUGUGAUCCAGGCAAGGAAGGCCUAUGAUCUGCAAAGUGAUAAUUUGUACAAAGCUGACCUUGGGUGGCUAAAGGGUAUCGGAUGGUCUCCUAUAGAUUCACUAGACGUGGCCAAAGUCAAAAAAGCUGGAGAGAUCCUGAGUGAGAACAAUUACCGUCAGCACCCUUCCAAGUUGAAGUUCACCAGUUUGUCUGACUCCAUGGAUAUGACCCUGGCAAAGAAUAAUGCACAGAUCAUGAACAAGCGCGCAUACAUCGAAGCCUGGGAAGCAGACAAGACUAAAAUUCAUGUCAUGUCAGAUACUCCAGAGAUAACAUUAGCAAGACAGAACCAGAUGACCUGUAGUGAUAAACUGUACAGACUCGCUAUGGAGGAGGAUAAGAAGAAGGGCUAUGAUUUACGCCCUGAUGCUAUCUCAAUCAAAGCAGCCAAAGCAUCCCGUGAUAUCGCUAGUGAUUACCAAUAUAAAACAGCCUAUCGCCAGCAGCUUGGUCACCACAUUGGAUGCCGUGACGUUCACGAUGACCCCAAGAUGGUUUGGUCCAUGCACAUGGCCAAGAUUCAGAGCGACCGGGAAUACAAGAAGGACUUUGAGAAAACAAAGACCAAGUUCAACAUGCCAGUCGACAUGCUGGACAUCCUGUUGGCCAAGAAAUGCCAGACUCUGGUCAGCGACAUUGAUUACAGACAUUACCUGCACCAGUGGACCUGUCUGCCAGACCAGAACGAUGUGAUCCAGGCAAAGAAGGCCUAUGAUUUGCAGAGUGAUCUGUCGUACAAGUCAGAUUUGGAAUGGCUUCGUGGUAUUGGAUGGAGUCCUGUCGAUUCACUUGACAUUCAGAACGUUAAGAAAGCUGGAGAGAUUCUGAGCGAAAAGAAUUAUCGACAACCACCGAGCGCGCUUAAGUUCACAAGCAUUCUUGAUUCUCUCGAACUGGUUUUAGCCAAGAACAAUGCUAAAAAUCUCAACAAACACUUAUACACAGAAGCUUGGGAUAAUGAUAAAACCACUAUUCAUGUCAUGCCAGACACCCCUGAAAUUAAUCUGGCCAAAAGCAACUCAGCUAACGUCAGUCAGAAACUGUACCGUCAAGCAUGGGAGGAUUCCAAGCUAAAAGGUUAUGAUUUGCGAGCUGAUGCCAUUCCAAUCAAGGCAGCAAAGGCCUCCAGAGACAUUGCAAGCAUGUACAAAUACACAGAGGCCUAUCGGAAGCAGCUUGGCCACCACAUUGGAUGCCGUGACAUUCACGAUGACCCCAAGAUGGUCUGGUCCAUGCACAUGUCCAAGAUUCAGAGUGACCGGGAAUACAAGAAGGACUUUGAGAAAACAAAGACCAAGUUCAACAUGCCAGUCGACAUGCUGGACAUCCUGUUGGCCAAGAAAUGCCAGACACUGGUCAGUGACAUUGACUACAGACAUUACCUGCACCAAUGGACCUGUCUGCCAGACCAGAAUGAUUUGAUCCAGGCAAGGAAGGCCUAUGAUCUGCAGAGUGAUUUGCUGUACAAGACUGACAUGGAAUGGAUCCGCGGCUGUGGCUGGAUCCCAAAUGAUUCUCUUGAGGUUAAAAGAGUACAAAGGGCUCAGGAGAUUCUUAGUGAGCGUCACUACCGCCAGCCCCCGGAUAAGUUCAGCUUCACCAGCAUUGUUGACCAUCCCAGCAUAAUCCAGGCUAAAAUCAACUCUGACCUACUGAGUGAUCGCCUCUACCAUAGUGCUUGGGAGAAUGACAAACUCAUAAUUCAUCUUCCUAAUGAUACACCUGAGAUGGUGUUGUCUAAACAGAACUCUGCCAACAUCAGUUCGAAACUAUAUAAACUCAAUUGGGAAGAAUCUAAGAAGGAUGGCUAUGACCUAAGGAACGAUGCCAUCUCAAUCAAGGCUGCCAAAGCUUCCAGAGAAAUUGCUAGUGAUUACAAAUACAAAGAAGUCUAUCGCAAGCAGCUUGGUCACCAUAUUGGAUGCCGUGACGUUCAAGAUGACCUAAAGAUGGUUUGGUCCAUGCACAUGGCCAAGAUUCAGAGUGACAGAGAAUAUAAGAAGGACUUUGAGAAAACAAAGACCAAGUUCAACAUGCCAGUCGACAUGCUGCACAUCCUGUUGGCCAAGAAAUGCCAGACUCUGGUCAGCGACAUUGACUACAGACAUUACCUGCAUCAGUGGACCUGUCUGCCAGACCAGAACGAUGUGAUCCAGGCAAGGAAGGCCUACGAUCUGCAAAGUGAUUUGCUUUACAAGUCUGAUAUGGAAUGGAUCCGUGGCUGUGGCUGGAUGCCACAUGAUUCUCUUGAUGUUAAGAAAGUGCAGAAAGCCCAGGAGAUCCUUAGUGAACGUCACUACCGUCAGCCCCCGGAUAGAUUCAGUUUCACCAGCAUUGUUGAUGAUCCCAGCAUAGUCCAAGCUAAAAUCAAUGCGAACCAACUGAGUGCUGGAAAAUACAAGGAAGCCUGGGAAAAAGACAAGGUACAGAUUCACGUCCUUCCUGAUACACCAGAGAUUUUGUUGGCUAAAUCCAAUGCUGCUAAUGUUAGUCAGAAACUUUAUAAGGAGGGCUGGGAAGAUGCAAAGAAAAGCAUUGACUAUCGUGCUGAUGCCAUUGACAUCCAACAUGCUAAAGCAUCUCGAAACAUUGCAAGUGAUUACCAAUAUAAAGAAAUCUAUCGCAAGCAACUUGGUCACCACAUCGGAGGCCGUGACAUGUACGAUGACCCCAAAAUGGUUUGGUGUAUGCAUGUAGGCAAGAUGCAGAGCAACAAGGAGUACAGGAAGGAAUUUGAGAAAACGAAGGCCAAUAUUAAUGUGCCAGCUGACAUGAUGGACAUCGUAAUGGGCAAGAUAUGUCAGGGACGGGUCAGUGAGAUUGACUACAGGCAUUACCUACAUGAAUGGACCUGUCUACCAGACCAGAAUGAUGUGAUCCAGGCAAAGAAAGCGUAUAAUUUGCAAAGUGAUGUCAAUUACAAAUCAGAUAUGGAAUGGAUGCGUGGAAUUGGAUGGAUUGCAACAGAUUCUGUAGAUGUUAAGAAAGUAAAGCAUGCCCAGGACAUUUUAAGUGAUAGAAAUUACCGGACGAAAGCGGAUACUCUCCAAUUUACACCAGUGACUGACAGAAUUGAUUAUGUUACAGCUAAACAGAGUGGGGACAUUUUGAAUGACAUCAAGUAUCGUGAAGCCUGGCAUGCCUGUAAGACAAAGUACACACUGGUGGAUUCACCAACAAUGGUUGCAGCACGGGAUGCAGCUAGAAACCUUAAUGAAAAAUUGUACAAAGAUGGUUGGGAGAAGCUGAAGGCAACUGGUUACAAAAUGCCAGUUGAUGCCGUGUCAAUCUGCCAUGCCAGAGCAUCACAAGACAAACAGAGUGAGCUUAAAUAUAAGGCUGACUAUGUCAAGCAACGUGGCCAUCAUAUUGGAUGUCAUGAUCUUCACGAUGACCCCAAAAUGGUUUGGUGUAUGCAUGUCGGCAAGAUGCAGAGCAGCAAGGAGUACAGGAAGGAAUUUGAGAAAACUAAGGCCAAUGUACAUGUGCCAGUCGACAUGUUGGACAUAGUGAUGUCUAAGAUAUGUCAGGGACGGGUCAGUGAGAUUGACUACAGACAUUACUUGCAUGAAUGGACCUGUCUGCCAGACCAGAAUGAUGUGAUCCAAGCAAAGAAGGCUUAUGAUUUGCAGAGUGAUUACCUGUACAAGUCAGACCUUGAAUGGGUACGUGGUUGUGGUUGGAUUCCCUUGGAUUCAGUCGAGCAUAAAAAGGUGAAAAAUGCACAGGCGAUAUUAGCUGAAGUGACAUAUAAAGAAAAGGCUGUUGCUAAUUUUGCCAAGUUUACACCAAUUACAGACCUGCCAGAGGUGGUACAGGCCAAGAUAAAUACAAACAACUUGAGUGAUCUGAAGUACAAAGAGACAUUUAACCUUGACAAGGGCAAGUAUAUUGGUGCUGCUGACUAUCCCCAUUUGGCUCAUUCAAGGGAAAUGGCAAAGCAUAUUAGUCAGGUGAUUUAUAAGGAUGACUGGGAUAGCCACAAAGCUUUAGGAUACACCUUGCCUCCAGACUAUCUGCCACUGGUUGUUGCUAAACAUGCUGAUAACGUAAGCAGUGAAUUGAAGUACAAGGAACUGUAUGAAAAACUCAAAGGGCAUUACUUGGCUGGAGGAGAUAUCAAGGACUUCCCUGCUGUAAUCCAUGCAAUGGCUAUGGAUAAAAUGAGGAACAUGCUGGAAUAUAAGAAGAAUUACGAAGAUACUAAGGCUGCAGUUCACAUCCCCAAUGACAUGAUUAGCAAUAUUGUGGCAAAGAGAUGCCAACAUAUUCUCAGCGACCUUGAAUACCGCACCUAUCUUCAUCAUUGGACCUGCCUGCCUGAUAAGCAUGAUGUAAUUCAUGCGAAGAAAGCACAAGAGAUCCUAAGUGAUUUUGUGUACAAGGAUGACCUGAACUGGCUGAAGGGCAUGGGCUGCUUUGCUUGGGACACUCCAGAAAUUCUACGAGCCAAACACUCCUAUGACCUACAGAGUGAAAUCACAUACAGAACUGAUGGCAAGAAAAAUUUUGAGAACUACUCUGUGAUCACAGAUACACCAGUCUAUAUGACAGCCGUCCAGAGUGGCCUUCAAUUAAGUGAUGUUAGGUACAAAAAGAACUAUGAGAAAAACAAGGACAAAUACACAACAGUUUUAGACACUGUGGAUUACAACAGGACCAAUGGCCUCAAAGCUAUGUUUAGCAGUAAUGCUUACAAACUGGCCUGGGAUAAGGUGAAAGCAACAAGCUAUACAAUGCCAGGAGAUUCAUUUUCGAUAGCUCUGGCCAAGGAUCAGAAAGACAUUCUUAGUCCAAUAAAGUAUCGGGAAGAGUAUGAGAAGUUCAAGGCUCUCUACACACUGCCACGCUCUGUGGAGGAUGAUCCACAUACCAUGCAAUGUCUGAAAGCUGGCAAGUUGAACCUUGAUCGUCUAUACAGGCAAAAUUAUGAAAAUAACAAAAUGAAGGUGCACAUCAUGCCAGACAUGCUGGAGGUGGUUGCUGCCAAAGACACCCAAGCCAAAGUCAGCUAUAUUGACUAUCGCAAGUAUCUCCAUGAAUGGACGUGCCUGCCAGAUCUACAGAUUAACAUACAUGCCAAGAAGGUCUGCGAGCAACUGAGUGAUGUUCUGUACAAAGAUGAUCUCAACUGGCUUAAAGGAAUUGGUUGCAAUGUCUGGGACACUCCUCAAAUACUUCACGCUAAGAAAUCCUAUGAUCUACAAAGUGAUAUUCAAUACAAGGCGAAGGCUGAGGCAUCAAGGGACCAGUUCACCCCAGUCAUGGAUACUCCCACUUAUCGGCAGAAUGUCACCAACGCUCAACAGUUGAGCGAUUUUGUGUAUCACAAUUCCUAUGUGACAAAUAUCAAAGGCACAGUUGCUCCAACCACAAAGACUAUGGAUCUGGAUAGAGCUAGACAUGCCUAUAAGUUACAGAGUGAAAAUCUUUAUCGUGAUACAGGCCGAAGCCUUCUCCCCACCGGAUAUACCAUUCCAGCAGAUAUCCCAUUCUUAAAGCAUGCCAGAAAUGUUGAUCAUAACCGCAGUGAUCUGAAGUAUAAAGAAGCUUAUGAACAUAUGAAAGCAAGAGGUUACAAAUUGAUCCCAGAAACCAUCAGCAUCACUGCAGCCAAGAAAGCAGAUCUUAUUUUAAACCAGCGACUGUAUCGAUUGCAUUAUGACACUCACAAAGAUAAGAUUCACCCAACGCAUGACACUCCAGAACUUCGUCAAGUCAAAGCUACACAGGAGGCAAUCAGUGAUCUGGCAUAUAAGUCGGACUACUUCCGGUUCAAGGGUCGAAAGAUUUCCCUUCCCAUCACUCCUGAGCUACUCCAUCACCGAUAUGUUGGCAUUAUCACUAGCAAUAAUAAGUACAAGGAAGAUCUCCAGUGGCUGAGGGGCAUUGGUUGCUUCCUGUAUGGAACUCCUGAAAUGAUACGAGUGCGUGACUUCCACAAAUUCUGGACUGGCUAUGACAAAGCUGCCAAAAAAAUACGUGACAAGCAUACUUCAGUUCUUGAUACUCCUGAAUAUAGACGUGUGACAGAACUGAAAACUCACUUGAGCAAUUUGGUAUACCGUGCUCAAGGAAAUGAAGCAAAAACAAAAUACACAACAAGGCUUGAUACUGUGGAUCUAAACCGAGCCAAACACGGCCAGAAAAUACAGAGUCAGUACCUGUAUGUUGAAUUAGCUACAAAAGAUAGACCACAUUACAUUCCUCAUGAACAUACUACAUCCCUGGAUCACGCCAAGCAUGUCAAAGAUUUUGCCAGUGAGAAAAAGUACAAGGAACAAUAUGAGAAAUUCAAGAGUCAAUACACUACAAUUCCAGACACUCCAACAUUGUUGAUAUCUAAGAAAGCGUACAUAAUCGCCAGUGAUUUACGCUAUAAGGAAGCCUUUGAACAUGCUAAAGGUCAUUACCGUACGGUGAAAGAUGCUCUGAACAUUGUCUACCAUCGCAAAGUCACAGAUGAUAUCAGUGAGGUCAAAUACAAGGAGAAAUACAUCCAACAGUUGGGACUGUGGAGAUCAAUCCCUGAUCCACCUGAGAACAUACACCACCGUAUGGUGACUGAUGCCAUCAGCACUGUUAAGUACAAAGAAGACUUGGGAUUGCUGAGAGGAAUUGGUUGCUAUGCAUGGGACACUCCUGAUUUAAUGUUGGCAGGAAAGAACAAGGAGCUCUACAGCCAGUACAAGUACCGAGAAUCAGUCGCCAAGCUAAGAAACAACUUCAAGUACACUGCAGAUACUCCGCACAUCCGGCACGCUAAGGCAGCAACGGCAAUUUUAGAUGAGAAGUCAUACAAAGCUUUCUAUGAGAAGCAGAAGAGCAAGUAUACCUUGGUUUUGGAUGAUCCUAGAAACCUUCUAGCCAAAAGGUCGGGGCGACUAAGUAGCCAGUGGAUUUACAAAAAGAACUACGAAAAGGCGAAAGACAAAUACACGUCCAUUUUUGAGACUCCUGACAAUAUCCGAACUAAGAAGGUGACGAAGCUCAUCAGUGAUAUUAAAUAUAAACUGGAGCAUAACAGGGAUAGAGCUAAGGGCUAUACUUCUAUCCAUGACACACCAAUGCUGUUACACAUGCGAAGUGUGAAGGACAAAAUUAGUGAUUUGAAAUACAAAGAGAAUUAUGAACGCAACAAAGCUAAUUGCAACAUUCACGGUGAUGCAUUUUCGAUCAGGGCUGCCAAGAGUGCAUACAAGAACACAACCAAUCUUGAUUACAAGAAGAAGUAUGAGGCCACCAAAGCCAAAUGGAUGUGGACUGCAGACAGACCUGACUUUGUACAGGCUUACAAGGCCUCACAGCAGCAGAGUGAGGUGGAUUACAAAUUGGACAGAGAAGAUUUGAAAGGUUGCAAGAUCUCAGUGCCUAUCCAUGGAGAUAAGAACAUGAUACUAGCUGUAGAAAAUACAGACUUGGCUAGUGGGAUAAAAUACAAGCUGAAGCACAAGAAAGAAAGAGGCAUUUACCAAGCAGUUCCAGACACACCACAGAUGCUCCAUGCCAAAUCUGUCGCUAACCUAAUGUCUGAGAAAAAGUACAAAGAUGCUGUUAAGAAGGAGCUUCCCCAUGCUGCUUACAUGAAGUUGCCUGAGACCCGUGGGACUUCACACGUUAGAGAAGUGUCAAAGUUACUGAGUGGGAAACUGUACAAGGAGCAGUUUGAGAAAGAUAAAGGCAAGUCCUCAUAUUCCAUUAUGAUGGAGCCCCCAGAUGUGAAACACGCAAUGAAUGUGGCCAAAUGUCAGAGUAAUAUUGAUUACAAGAAAGAUGCUAAAUCCAAACUCGCUUACACAUCUGUAGCAGAUCGUCCAGAUAUUCUAAAAGCCACUGAAGCUGCCAAGUUAAUAAGUGAUAUUGGAUACAGGACGAAAGCACGUGAGGAAGCUAGUCGCGGUAUAAUCAGCCUUGGACGCCCAGACAUUGAACUUGCCAAAGAGGUUUCCAAACUUACCAGCCAGAUUAAGUACAAAGAGAAGUUCGAGAAAGAGUUUAAGGGACAGAGGCCGAAGUUUGAUUUGAAGGAAAGCUCAGGAUACAAGUCAAUGAAGGAUGCAAACAUUUUUGCUAGUGAAGUUAUAUACAAGCAGGAUCUGAAGAAGAUGCACAAACCUGUAACAGAUAUGUCUGAAUCCUUACAAAUGCAGCAUAAUCUUUCCACUAGCAAGCUAUCAAGUCAAUACCAGUACAAGAAGGAGUUUGAGAAGAGUAAGGGUCACUAUCAAUUGGUUUCCGAUUCACCCGAACAAAUUCAUCUAAAGGAAGCAACUGAGUUACAAAGCCAAGUAAAAUACAAGGAACAGUACGAGAAAGAAAGAGGCAAGGCAAUGCUCGACUUUGAAACACCUGUUUAUAUUACUGCUGUGGAAACUCAGCACAUGCAGAGUGAGAAAGAAUAUAAGAAGGAUUUGGAAGAGCACAUAAAAGGCAGGAACCUUUCUGGUUUGGAGAUUACACCCGCAAUGUUGCAUGUCAAAUAUGCAACUAAAAUAGGCUGUGAGAAAGAAUACAGGAAGGAUCUUGAAGAAGGCGUGAAGGGUAAGGGCUUAAUGGUGGUUGACGAGACUCCUGAGAUGAUGCGAGCAAGGAAUGCCACGUACAUUCUCAACGAGAAAGAGUACAAGAGAUCAUUGGAAGAAGAAAUCAAGGGUAAAGGGCUUGUGGCACUUGCUAAUGAAACACCUGACUUUGCCAGAGCCAGGAACGCCACAGAAAUUUUAAGCCAGGUAAAAUACAAGCAGUUGGCUGAAAUGGACAUGCCUAAUUACACAACAGUUGUAGAUACACCCGAUAUAAUCCACGCUCAUAAUGUGAAGAAUUUGAGCAGCCAGAGCCAAUACAAGGCAGAAGCUGUGAAGACCAUGUCUCAAUAUGUCUCGGUAACAGAUACACCCGAGAUGCACAGAGUCCGUGAAAACCAGAAGAACAUCAGUACACUUCAGUACACUUCAGAACUUAAACACAUUAAAGGAAAGGUUACCACAGUAAAAGACACACCUGAAAUCCUGCGAGCUAAGGAAAACCAAAAGAAUUUCAGCUUGAUCGCAUAUAAAGAAGAAGUUGGUACAGGGACAUCAAUUAAAGAAACACCAGAGACGGAGAGAGUCAAAAGAACACAGGAGGCCAUUAGUUCGAUCAAAUACAAGGAAAAUGUUGGUCAAGGAACUGCAAUCUCUGACCUGCCUGAGGUGAAGCGUGUGAAGGAGACACAGAAGAACAUCAGCUCGAUCAAAUACAAGGAAAAUGUUGGUCAAGGAACUGCAAUCUCUGACCCACCUGAGGUACAGCGUGUAAAAGAGACACAGAAGAACAUCAGCUCGGUCUUAUACAAAGAGAACCUGGGUAAAGGGACUGCAGUGGUGUACACCCCAGAGAUGCAGCGCGUUAAACGCAAUCAAGAAAACAUUAGCUCGAUACUAUACUCUGACAGCUUCCGGAAGCAAGUACAAGGUCGGGCAGCUUAUGUAUUGGACACACCAGAGAUGAGACGUGUCCGGGAUUCUCAGCGCAACAUAUCAACGGUGAAAUACCAUGAAGACUUUGAGAAAACCAAGGGAAGCUUCACGCCUGUAGUCACUGAUCCCAUUACAGAGCGUGUGAAGAAAAACAUGCAAGACUUCAGCGACAUCAGCUACCGUGGCAUUCAAAGACGGGUCGUGGAGAUGCAGAGGCGACGUGUGGAAAAUGAAGCCGAGAGCCUCACAGAUUUGCGUGUGUGGCGCACCAACCCUGGCUCAGUCUUUGACUAUGAUCCAGCUGAAGACAACAUUCAGUCAAGGAGUUUGCACAUGCUAAGCAUGCAAGCCCAGCGUCGCAGCCGGGAGCACUCACGCUCUGCCAGUGCUCUGAGCUUGAGUGGUGGAGAUGAGAAAUCAGAACUUUCUGAACCUGAUCAGACCAUUACUUACUACAAUGGAAACAACUUCUUCCAGACAACAACCACUGGCUACCAACACACCAAAACCACUGUCCUACCACAGCAGAGAUCAUCCUCUGUUGCUACACAGCAGACCACUGUGUCGUCCAUUCCCUCUCACCCUUCAACAACUGGCAAAACCUACCGUGCCAUAUAUGAUUAUUCAGCAGCUGAUGCAGAUGAAGUCUCUUUCAAAGAUGGUGAUGUCCUUACGAAUGUGCAGUCCAUUGAUGAAGGAUGGAUGUACGGUACUGUGCAAAGGACUGGGAUGACAGGCAUGUUGCCAGCCAACUAUGUGGAUGCUAUUUAAGUUAGAUCAAUUCUUCCUCACAGACACUUCCCACACUCCCCUCCUAAAACACAAACACAUGUCACAAGUAACCCAUAAAAUAUCAUUUGAUGUUUUCAAAUGGAACUUUUUGUCCUGUAAGAAACUAACAACCUCCCAUUGUACAUCCAACUCUCUUAUUAACCCAUUUUACAAAACAUGACAAAUUCUGGGUACAUACAAAGAAAAAGUGGUACCAAAGUUGUUCACCUGGUAUAACUGAUACUUCUGCUGUAACGAAACUAGUAAAUACUGUUCAAAUUCUUUGCACCAUCUUUUAACUCUACAGAACAUCUAACUUGUAUUCAGAGAUGUGCUCCAUAAUGUUAUAUCCAAACCAAUUAGUCUCAUCUGAAGUAGGAAAAUGUAUUAUCUAGCAUAACUUGCUCAUGACAAAUGUGAUUUCAGUACAACUCUACUUAAUCAACUAUAGUAUUAUUUCUGUAUCCUGACAAAUAUGUAGUUAGUUUGCAAAUUCAUUACAAGAGCUUUCUAAAAAAAAAAGGUUGCCAGUAAAAGACUUGGUUUUCAUAACUGGAGACCCUUUUGAUGGAGAUGAUUAAAGAACUUAAAAGCCUCCAUACUUCACGGCUCAAGGUGAACUUAUACAUGUAUUGUCUGUUUUCUCAACACCUGAUAACUAGCUGCGGGGUCAAAUAAAGCUCAGUUUCUGCAAAA